AUCGCUUGCUGUUAAAAUGCAGGAGACUCCCGGAAGUUCCGGCAGAGUUGGGAUGUCUAUUUUAACUUGUUUCUUUGAUCCCACUGCAGUUCGCAGUUUUUCUGUUACACUUCUCAUAAACAGUACGUGGCACUGCCAUUGUUGUUGUAGUAGCGGAAGUAAAAUUGCAACAACCCGGAACUGUGAAAACAAUCAAUUGGCAGGAAGACCUGGCAACCCUUCAAACUGAAAGUAAAACGUAAAGUAUUGUAGCUUAUUUCAUGAGUAAAGAGCCUAUAACGUGUAUAAGAACUAUAUUGUUGAGGGGUUUUUUUUUAAGAAGAAGGAGAAGUGAAACAGUAAACCAACAUUAACUCGUCAGGAGGUGUGUAGCUGAAGAGGAUCUCACUAAUGGCGUCUAAACGGUCGUUCUCUGAGGAGGACUUCGCGUGCCCUGUGUGUUGUGAUGUCUUUAAGGAGCCCGUGCUCCUCUCGUGCGGUCACAGCGCGUGCAGCACCUGCGUUCACCGGUACUGGGACACCAAAGGCUGCAGAGAGUGUCCGCUUUGCAGGAAACGAUCCGCGACAAACCCUCCUAUCAACCUGGCUCUGAAAAACCUGUCUCAGACCUUCCUGGAGUUCCGAGGUGAUCCCGAGACACUCUGCGACAUCCACGGAGAGAAGCUGAAACUCUUCUGUGUGAAUGACGGACAGGCCGCGUGCUUAAUGUGCAGAGAUUCUAGUAAACACCUCCAGCACCACUUCAUACCUGUCGACGAAGCAGCUUCAGAACUAAAGGAUAUUCUUAAGAGCGCAGUGAAUACAUUGAAAAUGAAAAUUCGGAGCUUUCACGAUGCCCAGGUUCAUUUUCAUCGGAAUGUACAUCACAUACAGCAACAGGCCAGUUACAUGAAGAAGCAGAUUAAUGAGGAGUUUAGGAAACUUCGGACGUUUUUACAAGAUGAAAAAGCAGCCUUGGUGAUUAAACUGGAGAUGGAAGUGCAGCAGAAAACAGAGAGCCUGGAAAAGAAAAUAGAAAAAAUUAAACAAGAGAUACUGGCUCUCUCAGGCACUAUUGGAGACAUAAAAGUGGAAUUACAAUCUGAAGACAUCAAAUUCCUGAAGAACUUUGAGACAAAUCUGGAAAAAGUCCAGUACAAAGAUUCAGAACCAAAUAUUUCUUCAGAAGAAGUAAUCAAUGUCGCAAAGUACCUGGGCAAUCUGCAGUUCCAAGUCUGGAACAAAAUGCAGAGCUUCAUCAAAUACAGUCCUGUUGUCUUGGACCCAAACACAGCUCAUUCACAGCUAAUCCUGUCUCUGGAUCUGACCAGCGUGAGGGACAGUGAUGAUGACCAUGAAGACCAGAGUGACAUGCCUAGACUGCCAGUUUUGGACACUCCUGAGAGGUUUAGGAGUUUGUGUGUGCUGGGCUCUGAGGGCUUCUCUUCAGGGCUGCACUGUUGGGACGUUGAGGUCGGAAGCAGCACGUUCUGGAUGCUCGGAGUGACCACAGAGUCCGUACAGAGAAAAGAAUUCAAUGUUUUUCCCAGCGGAGCUUGGGGUAUUGGGUAUGAUGACCAAAAGCUGUGUGCUCGGUCUCCUUCAGAAGCAUAUACUCCUCUGCCUUUGACUACCAAACCCCAGAUGGUCAGAAUUCGUCUGGACAUGGAUUCGGGGGAGGUGUGGUUCUUAGAUCCUGCCAGCAAUGCCGUUAUCCACAUGUUCUCGCACCACUUCACUGAGAAGGUCUUUCCGUUCUUCCACAGCAUGUGCAGUCUCUUUCCUCUGAAGAUCAUGCCUCUCCAGCCUUUUGUGGUGCUGAGAAAGCUCCCUUAAUGCUCUUAAUGUUUCUGCAGGUUGUAUUAUCACUGGCUCAUGCUGCUGUGGCCAUGGACAAUGGAGAUACAUUUUGUUUUGCUUUCUGUUCUUCCACAGCUGAGGGUGAACACAAUGGAGUAUGACAUUAGUUAAUCUGGGACAUAAUGUGUCACAUUUUUCUUCAGAGCUGCACAGUUAUAUUUAAACUGUGUGCUUACUCAUAACAUAGCUCAGGUGAUGUUUCUUUCAGCGUUCACCCUGGUUUUCCCCUAGUUAUUCCCCUAGUAAUUUUCCACAAGGGGUAGCUAUUGGCUCUCUAGUAGUUUUGUAUACACCAGUACAAUGCAGUGUUUCCCCACACAUACUGCAGGUUAUACUUGGGCAGUACAUUUAAUUAUGUUGAUUUGUCCCAUAAAAAAAAAAAAACGCACUUAACAACCAUUCCAAGAAAUCAACACACCUUGCUUUCACUUUUGAGUGUAGUUUGAGCUCAGGCUACACACCUUGAAAGAAAUGCAAAGAAUUAGACUUUCAUGAUGUUGUUCAAGUUCAGUCACUGAUGAAUAGAUUCAAAUAUAAAUUUAAAUUUAUAUUAAAAUUAGAUGACUCAAGAUGGAUUUGACCACUGUGAACUCUUCAUUUAUUUGUCUGUCUCCGGUUGCCCUUGAUUCAGACAAGGUGCAUUAGAACACUGUGACUGAUGCAUCCUUGAAUCCUCAGUCCUUCAGUGGUCCUUGAAAGUUUGUGAACCCUUUAGAAUUUUCAAUAUUUCUGCAUGAAUAUGACCUAAAACAUCAUCAGAUUUUCACACAAGUCCUAAAAGUAGACAAAGAGAACCUAAUUAAACAAAUGAGACAAAAAUGUUAUACUUGGUCAUUUACUUAUUAAGGAAAAUAAUCCAAUAUUAAAUAUCUGUAAGUGGCAUAAGUAUGUGAACAUCUAGGAUUAUCAGUUAAUUUGAAGGUGAAAGUGAGCACCUUGUUUUAUUUAAAGAACAGAGAUCUAUCAAAGUCUGGUCUUCACAACACAUGUUUGUGGAAGUGUAUCACGGUACGAACAAAGGAGAUUUCUGAGGACCUCAGAAAAAGUUCAUGCUCAUCAGGUUGGAAAAGGUUCUCCAAAGAGUUUUGUUGUGGAUAAAAAUGACAUGAAAUAAACACGAGGGAGACCUAGUAUGAGUAAUAUGUAAUUUUAUUGAAAAUUCACAGGACUGGUUGGAUUCACACUUUAAGAUCUUUAAGAGUAACACACUAUGGUUUAUUAGUCACAGAGAAAUAUAAGAGCUGAGGAUGGCAGGCUGAGAAACACACACACUCGUACAGUCAAGGGCGGGCGUGCAGACAUAACACACACAAAGGCCCGAACGCACACACAUAACAUUAUGAGAUAACAACAUGAGACUAAGGUCUCUCUGAAAUUGUUUUCUCUCUCUCCCACUUUCAAUCCUAAUGGUAGUCAGAAAGUCCUCUUUCAAAACAUCAUGGUACAUUUGAUAAGCCUUUUUUUAAACAUCAUGGUAAUGUAGAUGAGCUCUUUUUAACCCUAUUGGUAUUGAAAUCAUAGUCUUUCUAAAAUAUAUUGGUUAUCUACUGUGUAAAUACAGUAUAAAUACUGGAGCUUGAUCUCCAGGUAUCGGAUCACUUCUGAGAGUUCUCAUUGGUGUGGAUCUCGUGAGGUGGAAAUAAAAUCUGGACCCUUGCUUCUUCUCACUCACGGCUGGUGUGUUUUUUUCUAUCUCCAACUGGGUUCACAGAUGUGAGUAUUUCCUUCUAUGUUGAAUUUUAGGUGUCUUUGGGUAAUAGGCUAAAUUUGGGCCAGCAGUUUCGACUCCAUCAAUCCACAGUUCGACAGAUUGUGUACAAACUGAGGUAAUUCAAAAUUUAUCAUCCAAAAUUGUUUUUAGUUUUGCAAAAUUAUUUUGUCUAUCAUAUACUGCAAUUGCUCUGCCAUUAUUCUUAGUGGCACAUGUAAAGUGUUAUGCCAAAGCCUUCUUUAAGAGCUCAUAUCACGUUCUGGAAAUAAAAUCAACUGCUUCAAGACUGUAAAUUGUAAAUCUGAUUUAAAUUAAACAUGCUUUACUUUGCUUCAUAUGGA